CAGGCGCGUCGCGGCGGCACUCCGCUGGGCCCGGGACGCGCCGGCUGCGGCCGAGACACCCGGGCUGCUGCGCCGCCAGCCCGCCCCGCCCGCAGAGUCUGGCCACCGCGCGUCGCCCGCACACGCCGCCGCCGCCAUGGGCUCUUGAGGUUAGCUUGUCACUUCCUGCAAGGGUUUCUCUCAGGGAGCCUCCUGCUGCUGGGCACCAUGACAGUGAGGGGGGCUGCGCUGGCCCCGGAUCCAGCGUCGCCCACGACCGCAGCAGCUUCACCCAGCGUCUCUGCGAUCCCCGAGGGCAGCCCCACUGCCAUGGAGCAGCCUGUGUUCCUGAUGACAACUGCCGCUCAGGCCAUCUCCGGCUUCUUCGUGUGGACGGCCCUGCUCAUCACCUGCCACCAGAUCUACAUGCACCUGCGCUGCUACAGCUGCCCCAACGAGCAGCGCUACAUCGUCCGAAUCCUCUUCAUCGUGCCCAUCUACGCCUUCGACUCCUGGCUCAGCCUGCUCUUCUUCACCAACGACCAGUACUACGUGUACUUCGGCACCGUGCGCGACUGCUACGAGGCCUUGGUCAUCUACAACUUCCUGAGCCUGUGCUACGAGUACCUCGGGGGAGAGAGUUCCAUCAUGUCGGAGAUCAGAGGGAAGCCCAUCGAGUCCAGCUGUAUGUACGGCACGUGCUGCCUCUGGGGAAAGACGUAUUCCAUUGGAUUUCUGCGGUUCUGCAAACAGGCCACCCUGCAGUUCUGCGUGGUGAAGCCCCUCAUGGCGGUCAGCACCGUGGUUCUCCAGGCCUUCGGCAAAUACCGGGACGGGGACUUUGACGUCACCAGCGGCUACCUCUAUGUGACCAUCAUCUACAACAUCUCCGUCAGCCUGGCCCUCUACGCCCUCUUCCUCUUCUACUUCGCCACCCGGGAGCUGCUCAGCCCCUACAGCCCCGUCCUCAAGUUCUUCAUGGUCAAGUCCGUCAUCUUCCUCUCCUUCUGGCAGGGCAUGCUGCUGGCCAUCCUGGAGAAGUGUGGGGCCAUCCCCAAGAUCCACUCGGCCCGCGUGUCGGUGGGUGAGGGCACCGUGGCCGCCGGCUACCAGGACUUCAUCAUCUGUGUGGAGAUGUUCUUCGCAGCCCUGGCCCUGCGGCACGCCUUCACCUACAAGGUCUAUGCAGACAAGAGGCUGGACGCACAAGGCCGCUGCGCCCCCAUGAAGAGCAUCUCCAGCAGCCUCAAGGAGACCAUGAACCCGCACGACAUCGUGCAGGAUGCCAUCCACAACUUCUCGCCUGCCUACCAGCAGUACACGCAGCAGUCCACGCUGGAGCCCGCGCCCACCUGGCGCGGAAGCGCCCACGGCCUCUCACGCUCCCACAGCCUCAGUGGUGCCCGUGACAACGAGAAGACUCUCCUGCUCAGCUCUGAUGACGAGUUCUAGGUGCAGGCUGCAGUGCGGGGAGUGCUGGCGCCUUGGCCCGAGGCAAGCUGUUCCCCACCCCCAGGCUCACAGCCAAGCCAGGAGGCGGCUGGCACAGCUUUGGCAUUGCCCUUUAUUUAUUGGACCAGAAACACUCGCAUAUCACUUCCAGCGGAACAGCCAGAUGCUGUCUGCCCAGGGGGACAGCCUAGGCUCACCCACGAGCCUUCAGGAAUAUUCCUGCAUGGCUGCCCCUGCGCUGCCCGGGCAAGGGGCAAAGGACGGUGGAGCAGUACCCACGGCCCUGCUGCUCGU